AUGGUGUCAUUCAUGCCAUUGAAGGAGAAGAGACUGAUGGAAGUCAAAAUAGGGGAGCUGCCACGCUGGAGACUGAUGCAAGAUUUCACCCCUAAAGGUUACCACAGGAAUUACAACAAGUACUUCAAAGUGAAGAAAGGGGGCAUUGCUGGCGUUUCUAUGGUGCUGGCAGCUUAUGUGUUUUUCAACUACUGCUGUUCUUAUAAGGAACUAAAACAUGAGCAACGACGCAAGUACCGCUGAAGAGGGCCCAGUGUGGACUCCACAUUACUGACCAUGACCUUUGCCCAGCACCUCUGAAUCCUUUCAUACUGUAAUGUAACACCUAAUAAAAGGUGGCUGGUUAAAAAAAAAAAAAAAAAAAAAAAAAAA